AGCGUUUUUUAUAUUUAAACAAAUAGUUUAUAGUUUUUAAUCAUAAUAUAAAAAUGGACGUCUUUCUAAUGAUUAGGCGAAAAAAGUUAACCAUCUUCACAGACGCCAAGGAUACAACGACUGUUCUGGAAUUGAAGAAAAUGAUUGAGGGUAUCUUGAAGGUGGCUCCAGCUAGUCAGAUGCUUUUUAACAAAGAUAGCCAGCUAAUGGAAGAUGAGAAGACGCUGUCUGAGUAUGGUCUGACCUCAGCCACAGCUAAAGCACAGUGUCCUGCCCCGAUCGGACUUGCUUUAAGAAAAGAGAAUGGUGAAUUCGAGGCUCUGGAGUUGACCCCAUACUCCUCACCACCCGACCUCCCAGACGUGAUGAAGUCUCAGGAAACCAACGGACAGGAACAGAUGGACCAGCACUAAACAGCCCCGUGAUACAACACAACUUGUCACGAUUGCCAACUUCGUGUCGAAAACGAAUUUUAGUUCAUCGAACUACCCUUCACCUAAAUCAGUGGUCGGCAAGCUGUUCCAGUGGUCAUACGCUAAUAUUGUUUUGGCUUUUUUGCUAUGUUCUUCUCAUCAUAACGCAAUCUAUAUGCUAAAAGUAUGUUAUAGUCAUUUCAUGAGGCUCUAUGCAAGACCGAAGUGUACAUAGGCUCGCAUGAAAAGCAAAAUUCCCAAAUACAAAUCACUAAUGCAUUGUAAAAUAUUUGUGGAUUAUGACAGCCAGUUAAAACUGCAGAUAAAUAUUUGUCUUUAUAUAGCAUUGCUUUUUAUAUAUAUUUUUUUUAUUAUAACUUAUAGCAAUUGUUUGAAAUGUUUUCAAUACAUGUUCAAAAAAAUUUGACACUUGAAAAGUGUGACAUUAAUAGGCAAGGUAUGAUGAUGAUCACUCUUCACAGCAAACGCGGAUAAUAUUAUAAACAUAUUUUACUCAUUAACCUCGAAAUAAUGGCUAACAGCCGCUCAUAAAGAACCACAGUUUACCGACCACUGAACCAAACGAUUGGUGCAGAUAUUUUAAUUAAUUAUUGCAUAUGAACAUAUUUUGUUAAUUGUUUUUUUAAUUUGUGUUCGAUAUUAAACAUCCAGGUCCAGAAAUUAUAUAACACGAUUAAAUUUAAGGGUCUUCGCCCACUAUAAGGGACCGUGCUAAGUCUCAAACAAAUAUAACAUUUAACGUAUGUCAGGAAGUAAGUUAAAAAUACCCUGUAAUAUGAACUAUUUAUAUACCACGCGAAAUUUUAAGGAAUAUUAAAUUUUAAAUCAUUUACAGGUAAUAUUUUAAUGUAGUCGAAAUAUACUUUUUCCGUUAAAAUUUCGCGUUACUAUAUUUAUAUAAUUAAAAGUAUAUUUUUUUGGUUAGUGUUAUCGAUAUAAAUGGAAUAUAAAUUGAUUUCCGACUGGACCUUUUUAUUUAUAGUGAUUUCCACGGUCCCAUAUAGUGGGUCAGUUGUGGAGGGGAUAUUUUUUGUUCACUAAUAUUGUAAUGCUAUUAACGUUUUCGAACCUGUGCCCCCAUUGUCCAUGACAAAUUGUGACGCUAAAUUUAACAGAAAUUCACUUGUCAAAUUUGACGUCAAUACUUACCGUUACUGGCUUCGAUCAAUAAUCUACUAGAUAUGCAGUCCUAUACAAAAUGUAACAGAAGUAGUAUCUGGUUAUUGUGGCUUCUGUUGAGUAUUUGAAAAUAUUGAAUACAACUUUUAUAAUAGAUAUAAUAUCUAAUAAGCUCUGCAAUAAUAAGGAAUAGUGAAAUAAAGUCAAAAUUUCGUUUAUCUGUAAAAAUACAAAAAAAAAAUUUCUUAAACAAUUAUUGAUUGUCAAAAGAAAUCUCAUUUUUCUUCAAAUGUCACUUAAAUCAAUGACGAUUUUAAAGAAGCUUCUAUUACGCUUAAUUAAAUAAGAUAUUCCGUAACUUCUAUUGCUUUAACAGACGUUAAGCGCAAACACUUAAGAAAACAAAAAAUAGACUCCCAAUUCGUGGCUGAUAUCUUAUUUUUUACGGACUCUUGGCUUUCUAAUAUUAUUUAUUGAUCGAAGGUUACGAGAAUUGAAAUGGGGGCCCAGGGUUAUGUAUGACUGGUUUAGCUUAUGUAUUAUCCCUCCAUACGUACUCGAUACUGAUUUUGUUAUUUGUAGCAUUUUUGUGGCGCUUUACGCAAAAGGGUUUGUAGCUAACCGACAGGUUUUUUUUUUUUUAAUUUAACUUGCCACGUUACUUUAAGACACCAUUGUUUAACUUCGACAGCUAAUAUAUAAAAAAAAUAAACGAAAUAUUAUGAAAUAUAAAAAAUUACGGGCACAUCAUUGUAAAAAUCCAUGUAAGUACUUACCAACAGUGAAUACUGAAAUAUAGUUGUAAAUAAUAUCUUUUCAAUCGCUUUUACAUAUAAAGUUUACCUUAAAUGCCUGUAGUGAGUGCUUUUAUGCAUGUAUGAAGUGUAGGCCUCAGUCAGUACGGUGUCUUAUCGUAAUAGGGCCCAUAUCGUGAUACUUGUAUUUAUUGCAACUUAGUUGUUGCGUCUCGUCUUUAUAUAGGAUUAGUGUCACUAAUCGAUUUUCGUGAAUUUCGACGACUGUCCUAGCGAGUAUGUAAUUUGUAUCAAUUCUAUUUUAUAAUAAGCUUAAACUAAACUUAAUUAGGAGGGACAUUUUAGGUGUCAUUUUCACUGUGUUCUCUUUAAAAGUGAGGCUUACUUUUAGUUUAGUUCAAUUUAGUUUGAAUUAUCUAUAAAACAGAAUAGAUACCACCACUACGAUUUAUUUCAAGUUUACGUUUUUAAAGUAUCCAGAGCUCUUGAAGUUCUGCUCAAAAUCGAUCUGUAUAUGUUGUUUUAUUUGCUACGUUUAGUGACUUAUUUAUAAAUUAAAUAAAAUGUCUUAAAUAAUAUCCAUUCACACCAUAGUAACGCGUUGAUUCAAUAUGACGUAAUUGUUUUUACUAGGCUACAGAUUACAGCUACUAUGGGAUGGAAUAAUGAAAAUUGUUAAGCCGCUUUCAGUCGUGAUUCCAGUACCUAAUAUUAACACUUGCAUUGGAAUAUCUGAUAUCUAGUUAUCGUAGAAGAAGGAACUUUAAGCUUUCUUUAGUGGGCUUCGCCACGCCUGAUUGACACCUCGCUGGCAAGCUAUUUACUGUUUCCGUUCCGAUGUUGCGUAGGAUUAAAAGCCCUCGCCUAAUCCAAGUUAACACAAGAUGUAAUACAGUCUUGUCAUUUACUUACGAGCAGUUUGUAGUCAAACGCCAAAUUCUUUCUCAAAUUGAUUGUGCUAUACCAAUUUUAAUAAAUCACACAACAUAGUGUCAUAUGCGAAAUGUCAUCGUCCUGUGUAAUGCGCUUCGACCUUAAACCGUUCAUUAUUCUAUAGUUUCAUGAUGAAAGUGUAAUUUCUCAGCUUUAAGCUUUGAACAUGCUAGUUUAACUUGUUUUUAACUUGUUAACGUUUCUGUCACAGCAUGCACAUAACCUUCUAUUAGUAAAUUAAAGAGAGCGUAAAUGACCCAUUGACAUAGUAUAAAACAUGUUUGAAAUAACACAUAAGUACCAUGAACUGCGUGAACUCACCCAAUUGCAAAAUAAUUUUACGCUAUAUAAUCAGUUUUCUUGUUUAAACAGCUCACUUUAAAAGAAAAACUUUGUGAAUAUAUUAGCAUUAUUUAAUAGUGGGGAGCUCUUACCGUUUGAUAUUAAACCUUAAAUCAGUCACAUCUUUUCUCUUUAAGGCAUAUCUACGAUUUAUAUAUUGCGUGAGUAACACUAUAACACUGGCAAAUAGGUUACACACUAAAUACCUAGGUGGAAUUUCUCUGAAUUAGGAUUAGCGUAGAAAAAAAUAAUAUCUAUAUGUCUUGUCACAUUAUAAAGUAAUUUGUAUUCAGUAACCUUUUGUAUGGUAUCUGCACGCUCGUAGAGUAUACAAGUAUUGAAACCGUCAAAGUAAAAAGGACCUAAUGUUAUUCUUAUUAUAGUCUUAAAUUCUGUGCGUAUUUUAUCAUACAAAUGCUACUCCAAGAAUACUGUCUGAUAAAUAAUCUAUUAAUGUGAGCUCUAAGCCAAUGCGAAUAAACACUAAUUUACUCGCGACUUUACUGUGUUUUGAAAAAGAAACGAAAUACCCUUAACGUGAGAUUCUACUCUCGCAAUCUUAGGCUCUUUAUUAAACCGACAUUAAUUAAUUAACCGUAUUAAUUACUUGAGAACCUGUGCUUACCUUGUUGCUUUGUAAAUACGGCGCGUAGACUGGCCUGUACUUGAGAAUCUGAUCUUAGCUUGGUUUCGGUGUCAGUAUUACGGGCCGUAAUAAUCUUUGAUAAUUAAAAUAAUAAUGCCAGUGUAAAAUAGAUUUUCCUUUGUCUUAACGAUCACAUUAACUGUGCUCAUUUUGCAGCAAACGCUGUAGUAAAACGUUUUUAAAAUAUAAUGCAAGUAUUACAGAAUGCAACUUUCAUUUAGGGGACAUAAAGUCAAUUUUUCUUUGACAAUAUUGUGUACUCGAUACCAAGCGUUCCGAUACCAAACUAAGUUAAACCAUUAAUAAUUGUUAUUAAAUCUGUUUAGGGUUAAUGCACAUUAUACUGCUGGUUAUUGUAUGUUCACGGUUCAGUCAUAUCAUUCUAAUUUCGCUCGCAUUGCUGCCUCGUCUUAGUCUGUUAUAUGAUGUAAAAACAUUACAAAAUAAUUAGUUAUAAUCUAUGUUCAAAAUUCUGUAACUAGUCCUAUUUACGAACAAAUAAAACUUUUUAUAAAUCGAAACGGUGUUUGAAUGGACCGAAGCUACUAAAUUUGACUAAAACUAAUAUAAGUGUGCAUCAACCCUUACAUUCACUUCUACUCAUUAUUAAACCAAGUAUUAUGUGCUUUAUAUUGUAAAUCUUUCAAAAAAAAAUGUAGAGUUGUUCCUGAUAUGGGCGUUCUGCCUAUAUGAUAAUUUUAAUUAAUUAAAUAUUAAAGUUAUGUCAUCCGGUUCAGGUACUAGAUUUUCUGCAUGGAAUGGUUAAGAAUAAGCUGUUUCAAUAGUAAUUUUUUUAAUGACUUUUAUCUCAAAUUAAUUACUGAAUAGCUUACAUUCUCGGAAGUCUAAAUGUGUAAAAAUUAAAUGCACUUUAAUAUUAAAACAUGUAUCCUGCCACGAUUACUUAACUAUGUAUACUCUAAAUUAGUUUUGUCAAGUUUAGUUUGAAUGUUAUUCAUAUUACAUAUAGAAAUGUUAUAAACAAUAACAAAUAAUAUAAGUCCCAUUUCCGUAAGAUUCGCCUUAGAUACAGAAAAAACUGUAGUUGGGACCUACGUAUGGCAAGAUUUUUGUAGUAAAUUAAACUAAACCAGCCUAAAUUACUUUAGAUUGAGAUAAACAACUAUAGCCUAAAUUUCUAUUAACUAAAAUGCGAAACUAUACUCCGAAACAAAUGUAGGCAGAGAUAAUAAGCUAAACAAUAUCUUAAACUAUUUAAGGCUAAGAUGGGAAACUAAACGAAAAAACGAAUAUAGCCAGAUUUGGUAUACUUUUAAAAGUGCAAUUUGAUAUUGCCUUUAGGAAAUAGCUAAUUUAAUAGGGUAUUAUAGGGGCUUUUUAUAUUGUAGUUACUAGAAAGUUCCAGAAUCUUAAAGCAUUCUUUAUUUUUUUGUUUCAAUGAAGUUCAUACCUAGUUCAAGAGAAUGAUGUUCACCUUUCUAAGCUGAAUUUAUUAUUUCGCGCCUUAGUUAAAUAUUUCUUGUAUAUACCAUUUAAAAGAACUAUAACUUCCGACCAUAGUAAAUUUACCAUAACUUGUUUCCCUUUAUAAUAUAGAAGAGGGAACAAGUUAUAGUGAAUGUAGUCAUAAUUAUUUCUUUUUUAAACUUUCAAAUUCUUAGAAAAGUAAAAACACAGAUUUUCCUUGGGUGUGCUUGAAUAAGCUUUUUCUAAAAUAUCACCUAACAUUUGUCUAAAUAGGAAGACUUGAUUUUGAAUUUUAAAUAAAUAAAUCAAAUUUAGUUUAAAAUAAAACCACCUUUAGUGUGCAACGGAUUUGGUACACUAAUUAACUCAUAAAAUAUUGUAAUUUUAUUUUAAAUCACGUCAAUUUUGGUGUGUGGCUAGCUAAUAAACAGCUAAUGAUAUUUAAAAAAAAUUAAUAACUCGUUACCAAAUAGAAUGUUCUUUCUUUCCUAAUUUUAAAUUAAUAAUAGUGUUAGGACCAUUUUUCAAAUUGCACGUCAAUGCACUAUAGCUUAGAGAAAUUAAAUAAACCCCGGUAGAGUUCAAGGAUUCUUAUUAUUUUCAUUAUUUUGUUCAUUGGAAGUAACUUUCUUAAACGUACUUUUACGUCUAGUGUAGUAGCAUAGCAGGGCAUAAGAAUAACUAAAUAAAGAAGUUUUUAUUAAAGGUUGCCAAACUAAAUUUUUUUUACAGUUCGAAAACAAAAAACGCAGUACCUCUCAGAGUAAUGAUUAUACCACAGACCAUGAAUGGACUAAUUAUUUUUGACAUUUAGUCACUCGAUAUAACCUUGUAAGAACGGUUAAUAGCUAAAAGGAGCAAACUUAACAACUUUGUACUGUAUAAAACCCAUGAAUACGAGAUUACAAGAGCUGCUAUAAUUUUGGCAACCCUGAGGCUUUGCGAGGCUAGUACUUUAUAUCGUACUCUUUUACGCAGGCUUUGCGAGGCUAGUACUUUAUAUCGUACUCUUUUACGCAGGCUUUGCGAGGCUAGUACUUUAUAUCGUACUCUUUUACGCAGGCUUUGCGAGGCUAGUACUUAAUAUCGUACUCUUUUACGCACCAAUGACUCGGUGCCAUUAUAUUUGUUCAUUGAAAAAUAUUUAGUCCAUGGUAAAGAAUGAAAUAUUUCGCUGCGACGCAAACUCCUUUUACUCUGCCGUAAUGAUAUUUUAUGAUUUUCUAAACUGACAGAUUUAAAUCCUGCAAAUUCCUUUCAGAUUUGACAUGUUUUUGACAUGUUACUUUUUUUUUAAUCUUAUCGACUGCGAUGACAUCUAGUACCAGACAAUAUGUCUACAUUCAAUUAUUGCGAAUUGAGAUCCUUAGCGAGAGAAGGCACUAUAAUCUUUGAACUGUUAAACACUUGAUGGUUAAUCCUUAAUUAAAAAAAUAAUAUUAUAUUUACCAUACCAUCGUACUAGGUAGUUACCUACUUUUAAGUUUGAUUCUUAGAACAACUAUGGUAACCAUCUUUUUUAUUCUGAUUUAAGUUAUUCCACAGCUGCAUUAGUUAUUCUUAUGUUGACAUUUUUCCACCAAUCAGAUUAUUGUCUAUCGCUGAGAUGCGCUGUGAUCUAUAACGUUACUGGAUACUCUUACUCAGCUACCGUCAGUAGUAGUCAGUGGCGUUUGCUUAAUUUAAACACUUUCUACCUUCUAAGUUUUUUUAAAUAUAAAUAUAAUUAUUUUUUACCAUUUUAUAUCACCUUUCUGAAUACUGCUUAACCUGAUUGAACACACUGAACGCCACUGACUGCUGGAAAACAUUAUUAUUAUAUUAUUAUUAUGUUAAUUAUGGAGUACUGCGAAAAUAUGAAAGUUAGGGUUGCCAACUGAAUGUACUCUUUUCAAGGAUAGUAACUACACUACACUACACUUCAUGCGUUAAUUUUACUAGCAACUGCUGUUGCAGGAUGAGGUUAUGAGAUAGAUUUUUUUUUUCUUUACUGAUCACUCUAGUUCGUGCCUUUUCCAAGCUACUUGACACUGGUAAAGUACAUUGUGCUGUUUUGGCACUACGAAAAGCCAUAAUUCAAAAGAAGAAAAAGGAUAGUCCUAAAAGCAUCUUGCACAACUGUACAUUGAUGCUACUACAACGCACGACUAAUUUAUCUUACACAAGAAACAACUAUAAGUUUAUUAUUAGUAGGUAAAGAUAACAAUUGAUAUGACAACCCUAACCACUUAUUAAGUUCAUUAUUUAUGGGUUUUUGUAUAUAAUUAUUUAGUUUUAUAAAUUAAACAUGCAGUCAUGAUUAUUAAGAAUAAUUUAAUGUUAACAACAUGUAAUGAUUCUUCGAAAAUAUUGUAUUAUGUAGUAUUUCACGAGUAAGCGUAAAAAUUGGAAAGAACUGGCAGGCAAUAAAACUGUUUUGAUUUGUU